GAGCCUCUUAGAGCCCAACAAAUGGAUGGGGCAGAGACCCUAGGCCUGGGGGCUGCAUGGCAGGGAGGGAGUGCCAGCGUUCCUUUUGUCUUUAGGGUUCCUGAGAGCCCCAUGGUGGCACAGGGCGUUAAGGGAUUGGGUAAGUCCGUUCACCUCUCUGAGCCUUGGUUGUAUCUGUAAAGGAAGAGAAACCGUCCCUGCCCUGAGUGGACAUGAACAAGGUCAUGGACAUGAGCGUGGCCGUGGAUGUGUAGGCACUGGUCAGCAGAGCACUGGGCUGGUGUCGAGAGCAGCUGCUUCCUGCUGUCUUUAGGAUUUGGCCUGUUACUGUCUGCUGUGUAGCAUGGAGCUGAGGGCCAGGAGACUCACGGAGCAUUCAUUCGUUCAGCAGUCAAUUACAAAGCACCUGUGAUGUGCCAGGCAUUGUGCUGGGCACCAGGGAGACGCAGUGACCAUGUCAGAUAAAGCCCCUGAGGCUGUGGAAUUGACGGUCUAGUGACAGAAGGGUAAACAGUGAAAUAAAACAAUAAAGAUCAUUUCAGACAGUGUCCCAGCUCACUGAGGAAAGGAGGGCAGCUUCCUAUCAUGUUCUACUGUGAGUUGGGGGAGGGGGGUGGGAGGCUGUCUGAGGAGAGGACUUUUGAGCUGCCCCCUGAAAGGCCUAUGGGAGAACAUUCCAGGCAUGGGGAGCACCAGAUCCAAGGCCCCAAGGCAGGACAGGGCAGCUGUAUUGAGGGAUGUAAAAGAAGGCCAGAGUGGCGGUGGCAGCAAGACCGGAAGAAGGGCUGGGCAGGGGCCACUCUGCAGGCCUGGACUGAGAGGGCCUGGUGAGGAGACUGUUAGCCUGAGAAGGGUGGGAACCCUAGGAGUGCAUUGGAGUGCGUUCUCUAGGCUGGCUGUUGUGUGAUGAGCAGGAGGGUGAAAGGCAGCCUGGAGGCCCACCUGUGAGAAGCAGAUUCCAGUGGGCCAGGCAGAGAUGGUGGUGGUUGGGCCUGGGCAGGGCAGGGCAGGGCAGGGCAGGGGGUGGUGGCGCUGAGAGGGACCAAGAUGCCUGCUCUCCAUAGCUCCAAGCACACAGACACUGCUCUAGGAAGGCCCUCCCAGUUGCCAUGGAUUAGGGGGUGGGAGGGGAAGGCUGGCUGCUGGGAGGGAAUGUGGCUUUGUGCUUGGAAAACAAAGAACAGAGCUUGGGCCCUCUUCUCCUGGGGGUGGUGGCAGGCCCAGAGGCUGUUGACAGGACCAGAGUCUGGAGCUCAGGGCUGGGCCUGGCAGGAGCAGGCUCUGGCCCCAGGCAUCCGAGAGGGGCCCCACUGCUGAGGCCCCGCCCUCCCCGCCCUGAGGUGAGGGCCCACCAGGAUGAGCAAGCUGCCUGGGGAGCUGGGUGGAGACUUGGAGCGCAGCCUGCCCGCCUUGGCCUCCCUGGGCUCCUCGCUGUCCCACAGCCAGAGCCUCUCCUCGCACUUCCUUCUGCCACCCGAGAAGCGAAGGGCCAUCUCCGAUGUCCGCCGCACCUUCUGUCUCUUCGUCACCUUCGAUCUGCUCUUCAUCUCCCUGCUCUGGAUCAUCGAGCUGAAUACCAACACGGGCAUCCGCAAGAACCUGGAGCAGGAGAUCAUCCAGUACAACUUUAAAACCUCCUUCUUUGACAUCUUCGUCCUGGCCUUCUUUCGCUUCUCCGGACUGCUCCUGGGCUAUGCAGUGCUGCGGCUCCGGCACUGGUGGGUGAUUGCGGUCACGACGCUGGUGUCCAGUGCAUUCCUCAUUGUCAAAGUCAUCCUCUCUGAGCUGCUCAGCAAAGGGGCAUUUGGCUACUUGCUCCCCAUCGUCUCCUUUGUCCUCGCCUGGUUGGAGACUUGGUUCCUUGACUUCAAAGUCCUACCCCAGGAGGCCGAAGAGGAUCGAUGGUAUCUUGCUGCCCAGGCUGCUGUUGCCCGUGGACCCCUGCUGUUCUCCGGCGCUCUCUCUGAGGGCCAGUUCUAUUCACCCCCAGAAUCUUUUGCAGGGUCUGACAAUGAAUCAGAUGAGGAAGUUGCUGGGAAGAAAAGUUUCUCUGCUCAGGAGCGGGAGUAUGUCCGCCAGGGGAGGGAGGCCGCAGCAGUGGUGGACCAGAUCUUGGCCCAGGAAGAGAACUGGAAGUUUGAGAAGAAUAAUGAAUAUGGGGAUACCGUGUACACCAUUGAAGUACCCUUUCACGGCAAGACGUUCAUCCUGAAGACCUUCCUGCCCUGCCCUGCGGAGCUUGUGUACCAGGAGGUGAUCCUGCAGCCUGAGAAGAUGGUGCUGUGGAACAAGACAGUGACCGCCUGCCAGAUCCUGCAGAGAGUGGAAGACAACACCCUCAUCUCCUACGACGUGUCUGCAGGGGCCGCGGGCGGUGUGGUCUCCCCAAGGGACUUUGUGAAUGUUCGGCGCAUUGAGCGGCGCAGGGACCGAUACUUGUCAUCAGGCAUCGCCACCACACACGGUGCCAAGCCCCCAACGCACAAAUAUGUCAGGGCCGCCUGCCCCGGUACCUCAUCCACCAGAGCCUCGCGGCCACCAUGUUUGAAUUUGCCUUUCACCUGCGGCAGCGCAUCAGUGAGCUGGGGGCCCGGGUGUGACCAUGCCCCCACCCACCCUGUGGGCCAGGGUCCUGUCGCCACCACUUCCAGAGCCAGAAAGGGGGCCAGUUGGGCUUCGGCUGCCCACACAGGACCUGGCCCCAAGCUGCCACCCUCCACCGAGCCACGCAGUGCCUGGAGUCGACUGUCUGAGCAGGCUGUGGGGUGGAGCACUGGACUCGAAGGCUCCGCUGGCUGGAGGAAGCUGUGUCUGGCCUGCUGAUGUUUACAUGGCGUCCUGCCUCCUGGAAGAGCAGAUUGCUGUCCCCUGCCUUGCCAGGGGCAGGGUCUGGGCUGGGCGCCUGACUUGGCUGGGGAGGGCCAGGGCCCUGGGCAGGGCAGGGCAGCCUGUAACCUGUCUGAAGAUGAAGGAGGUCUUCAUCUGCCUGCACUGUCAUCGGUUUUUUAGGAUUAUUGAAAGAGUCUGGGACCCUUGUGGGGGAGUGGGUGGCAGGUGGGGGUGGGCUGCUAGCAGUGAAUCUCUGCCUCUCUCAGGCUGUCCCCCUCCUCCCAGGGCCUCCUGGGGAACCUUUGUAAUUUAAGCCAAUUAAAAAUAUGAACUAAAAAAAAAAAAA